CUGAGACAUUGAGAAGUUUAAUAAAAUACUCUAAUAUUAUGACCCCCGGUGAUAACUACAGCCAAGGACUCCAGUGGAAUAUUUUUUAAUGGACAAAGUGAAUUAUGUCGCACUACCCAAAACGUUGAAAUGGACUGAUCCUACACGAUCGCUAAAUGUGUUGAAUAACACGUGAAAGGUCACAAUAUGGCGGAUAUAGCUGUGUUGUAAAGUUCAAAAAACCUUGCCUGUUGCAAACCAGGCCUUAAAAAUUUAUAUAGGGCCUAGUUCGGACAGAAGAAUCUGACUUUUACAAUUGUUUCGGCAGCUGCUUCAGUUGCUCAUCUUUUUAUUUACAUUUUCGAUAUACAGUUGUUAGAAAAUGGACGAAGAAGAGAACCCAUAUGAAACACUUGGUGUUUCUACCACAAUGACGACACAUAUGCUGGCCGGCGCUGCUGCGGGAGUUAUGGAACACUCCGUCAUGUAUCCAAUAGAUUGUGUAAAGACAAGAAUGCAGUGUUUGGUACCUGACCCUAAAGCUGACUACAGAAGUGUAGUAGAUGCCUUGAAUAAAAUAGUUCGUCAUGAGGGAAUACGCAAUACUGUACGGGGUUUUAGUGCUAUGGCAGUCGGGGCUGGUCCCGCUCAUGCUUUGUACUUUGCUUGUUAUGAAAAGGUGAAGCAAGUUUUAAGUGGAGGAAAACAAGGAAAUCAUUUUGCACAUGGCUGUGCUGGAUGCACUGCAACACUUCUCCAUGAUGCCAUAAUGAAUCCAGCUGAUGUGGUGAAACAGAGGAUGCAGAUUUAUGGAAGUCCCUACCAGUCAACCUUGAUAUGUUUCCGUGAGAUCUUGAGGACAGAGGGAAUUGGAGCCUUCUACAGAAGUUACACAACACAACUGACAAUGAACAUCCCUUUCCAAGCUAUUCAGUUCAUUACCUACGAAGUUGUUCAAGAUUAUUUAAACAAAGAGCGAGCCUAUGAUCCAGGCUCUCACAUAGCUGCAGGGGCGCUGGCUGGCGCGGUGGCUGCUGCCACAACAAUGCCAUUAGAUGUGUGCAAAACUCUCCUAAACACACAAGAACACUGUGCCAGAAAUCACUUGACUUACAUAAAUGGCAUGGCAUCUGCCUUUCGGACUAUAUAUGAAUUUUGUGGUAUAUCUGGGUUCUUUAGAGGACUUCAGGCACGAGUCAUUUACCAAAUGCCUUCAACUGCAAUAUCAUGGUCAGUGUACGAGUUCUUCAAGUAUAUUAUUCACAAAAGAAAGCAACAGUCAUCUGAAGAUAGGUACAUUGGGCCUGCUGUUCGUAUUGCAGCAGCUACUUCAAGGUGAAUUGACCAAUAAUUAGGAGUUUAUCAGCACACCUCGCAGAUAACUAAGCGUGAAUGGAGGGGGCAGUGAAUGGUCUGCUGUGAAGGAAAUAGUCAUCUUCCUGUGUGUUUGUGCUGUGAUCUGAUAUCAACAUUCAUUUGAAGCAUUUUAAUCAUUACUAUCAAAUAGUUACUUGUGUCAGGUAGAGAUUCUUAUAAAUAUAACAACAAAAAAGAAUAGUUCAGUUUUGGUUCAAUAUAUUUUUCUAAUUAGGAUAUUUUCUCUAAAUCAAACAACCUGUGAUAAUUGUUCCAAGGAAAUGUAUCAUUGGUUAGGGAAUCUGUUUGAUACAAAUUUAAUGUGUCUCAACAUUUAUACUGAUGGCAUGUAUUGAUUAUCUGUUUAACAUUAAUCAUUUGCAUUCUGUUGUGUUUUAUCAAAUAUUUAGAUGCAUAUUUUAGUAUUGCAAUAUGUGUAAUAUUAUAGUGCAUAUGUCUAUCAUUGUUAUUUUCAAUCUUGAAAAAUUGGUAUAAAUUUUAGGUGCAUAUGGUUAUCAUUGUUAUUGUAAGUAUUGAAGGAUCAGUUGAAUUUAGUGCAUAUUAAUAUAAUUGUCUUAUUAUUGAUGAAUGGGUAGAAUUUUAGGCAAAUAUGACUAUCAUUAUCAUAAUAAAUAGUGUUCUUAUUGAAAAAUAGGUUGAAUUGAGUGCAUAUGACUGAAUAAUCAUGUUAUUAUUGAUAAGUGGGUAGAACUUUAGGCGUAUAUGAUUAUUAUGUUAAAGAAUGGGUAGGUGCAUAUGACUAUCAUUAUUGUUUUCUUAAUACAUAUGACUAUCAUAAUUUUAUUACUGAAGAGUGUUGAAUUUUAGGUGGAUGUGGCUAUCAUUGUGUUAGUUUUGAAGAGUGGGUAGGAUUUGAAUCUUUCUAAAGCAGGUUGUGAUGAGAGAUCAUGUUGAUUGAAAAGAAACCUAAGCUGGCUCCAACCAAUGACCAGUCUUUGGCUGCUUGUCCAAUGCUGUUAAAAACAAUAGUUCUAGAUUUAUAAGGCCUACAUUUUUUAAAAAGUGUAUAUAUCUGGUAUGUAAAUUUGUACAUUGAUAUGAAAACUCUCAAACAUUUUUAAUAUAACAUAAAUUUUUUGGUUAAAUUUAGUUAAGAAUUUGUCAAAAUUUUGUUGAUAUGGUAAUUAAAAUACAUAGCGAUACUUUUUAAAAAAAUAUUACAACAAAUAAUGUGAGGCUGAAAACUAUUUUUAAAAAUACAAGUGAUGUUCGCAAUGGAAAUGUACAUGUAUAAAGUUGGUGGAUAUUCAGGUCCCAAGGUUUCAGUUUCAUACAUUCAUUAAGAUUUAGUUCUCUAAAAUUUGUUAUUCUUUUUUCAGCGCUGUUAAUGUUUGAUGAAAUUGAUCUGAUCAAAAGUAAGAAAGGUGAAAAUGUCCACUUUUAAACAUGUGCGUCACAUGUCAUGGAUUUUACUUCUGUGAAGUAAACAUCUUGUUAAAAGCAUGAGUCAUGUUGCAUUGCUAGAGGGUAUUUGCCAAAAGCAUGAUUCAUGUUGGAUUGCUAGAGGGUAUUUGGUUUGUUAUGGCUGUAUCAGAUGUUCAAUGUCUUGCAGGAAAUUUUCUUUCUUGCAAUGUUGCACAUGUAUUAUCAGAAACCUGAGUUCAGGUCCUACCUCUUCAUCAAAGGGAGUAAUAGAAUAUUUUUUUUAAGUUAGUUGCAAAACAAAAGAUCAAGCAACAUUUAGAAAUUAACACUAAUGUACCAGUUUUUUUAAGCCAUUGAGAAAGUAAUGUGUACCAAUAGCUGUAUAAUAAUGAAAAAGCAAAUUAAUUUUUAAGUGAGUAAACAAAGUACCAAAAAAAUUGUGUACAACCAUCAAAAGAAGAGCAAGUUGUUGUUAAUCAUCAAUA